AUAACAUGUUAAUAUUAACCAUUCCUGACUUCUUCUCCAUCAUCAUAAGUUAAGAACCCACUUUCUAACCAUUACUUCUCUCCUCCACCUUCAACCACAUUUUUUCUUUUCUCUUUUCCUGUAAUCUCUCCAAAAUCUAUAUUGGAUAACAACCUUCUCCUUUCCUAUAAUCUCUGUAAAAUCUAAAUUGGAUCAUAACCUUCAUCACGAAUUUUGUUCUAUUCCAUUCCAACUUUAACAACAACAACAUCAUGCAACAUUGAUGCAAAAUCUAAAUCUUCAUAUAAUUGAUCAAUUUCAUUAGCACCUCUUUCUAGCUAACUCUGCAAACUUGGGUCAUUUCUCUUCCUCCAUUCCUUAGAAAAUAUUUAUAAAAACCAAUCAUUUACGUAACUAUACCUUUUUGCACCUUAAAUCUCCAACAACAACAAAAAAAAACACAAGAAAAUCGUUUCUUGUUACAUUUGGAAAAUCAUGUAGUGUUGUGUUGGUAAAUCCACUAUUCUAUCUGAUAGUUUUUGUUAUUCAAUUAAAGCAACAGCAACAUAAAAGAAUGGCAGAUUCAGAAAGAGGAACACCGUCGGUGUUGCCGAUGACACCGGACACACCCGGAGGGCCAUUAUUCUCAUCGGUGAGAAUUGAUUCUCUUGAUCAUGAUUCCUUUGCAAUGGCAAGGUGCAACGUGUGUAUGCCUAAAGGUGUUCGAAUUCCGAGUGUCACUCUAACUCAGAAGGUUGGAGCAGAGUUUGUAGGAACAUUCAUACUGAUAUAUGUAGCAACAGCAGGACCAAUAGUGAACAACAAAUACGAAGGUAUAGAAACACUUAUAGGAAAUGCAGCUUGUGCUGGUUUAACAGUCAUGGCAAUUAUUCUCUCAAUUGGUCAUAUCUCAGGCGCACAUCUCAAUCCAUCGCUCACCAUUGCGUUCGCGGCGUUUCGCCAUUUUCCGUGGGCGCAUGUUCCUGCCUACAUUGCAGCACAAGUCUCUGCAUCUAUCUGCGCUUGUUAUGCUCUCAAAGUUGUUUAUCGUCCUUUCCUCUCUGGUGGCGUUACUCUCCCUACCGUUACCGUUGGACAAGCUUUUGCAACCGAGUUCAUCAUCACUUUUAUUCUCUUGUUUGUUGCCACUGCUGUUGCUACCGAUACUCGCGCAGUACGUUCGCGCACACGAUAAUUUCUAGUCUCUAGUUUGCAGUUCAUGAUUAUCAAAUUAAAUCAAAUUAUCUGUAAUGCAGGUUGGAGAAAUGGCUGGUAUUGCUGUUGGAGCAACAGUUAUAGUCAACAUUCUGAUCUCAGGGUAUGAAACCAUAUCUAUGACAUUAUUGAUUUGAAUUCUUUGUUUUAAUAUUUUGAUUCUAAGUGUAAUAUAACAAAUGAUAGGCCAACGAGUAGUGGUUCGAUGAAUCCGGUUCGCUCCUUAGGUCCAGCCGUUGCAACAGGAAACUACAAAAAUAUCUGGAUAUACUUCGUGGCGCCAACGCUUGGUGCACUUGCUGGUUCUGGAGCUUAUACGCUUGUCAAGCUGCGUGACGAAGACGACGAAGCUCAACAGCAGCCGCUACCGGUUAGGAGCUUCAGUCACUAGAUCAGCCUGCAACACUGCCGAACACACCUCACUGCUCAUGUUUCAAGCAGCAUAGAGUGUGUGAAUUUUUGUGUGAUUAGUUUGUUUAUAUCAUGUGUCAUAAGAGUCGCACAUAAAAGAUAAAUUUAACUAUUAUUAUUUUCAUUCCUA